GUGACGACGAUCCUUUUCGUCGCAGAGCAUCUUUAGAGGGAAGUUUUUGGUAUUUCUUUUAUCGGCACAUCUUUGAUGAAUGGACGAUUGCGUGUCUCAUUCAAUUUGUUGUUUGCAUAGCCGGUACUCGAUCCUCUUAUGCAAUUCGGUUUGGUCCAGUCGAAUUAGGACGGAAGUAUCACGGUGACAGUGAUUUACACGCGAGUGCAUACGUUGCCGCGCACGCAUUACACCAAGAUUCCUUAAUCAUUAAACCAAUCAUCAUCUCUCGAUCUGCCUUCGUCCCUUCAACCACACGUUCGUCAAUGUACGAGUGUCGAUGCGACCACAGUGAAUGGGAGGCAACAAUUUCUCGAGAGCUCGCAUCAAAAGAUCGGAUGUUUAAAAUUACAAUGAUAAUUUUCAAGGUGCAUGCAAAAAUUUAUGAUGAUCUCCCGCAAAGGGGCCAUGUGGUCAAUUCGUACGAAGCAGUUGUUGGACUUUGCAAGAAACCUUAUUCGACAUGUGCACAGGGAUUAUUAUUAGGUGAGAGAACCGGACCGUCUCUUGGUUGGGGAGCAUCGUCCCUAGGGUGGAUGGUUGAUGUUGAACAGACAUACAAGGAAAUAUCCAUAUUUCUGAGAGACGAUCAUUUCUUCUCGUGA